CUUUUCCCCGCUCCAUCCUCCAUUAUUAUUCCCUCUCCUACUACUUUCUCUCUCUCUCUCCCUCUCUAGUCUCUACAUAUACCCCGCUCUCCUCCUCUUGCUUCUCAAAUCUCAAGCCACCCACCUACCGCACCACCGCGUGGUACACUGGUACGCGUCCCCUCCUCUAGACGAACCAGGAAGCAGCAAGCGCUGCGCUGGGAUUAACCAAGAACCAUAUCGAUCCUUACCUGUGAACGAGAACGCGAGCCUUCGGCUCUUGCCAAGAACUCGUCUUUUGCUUACUUCACUAUGUGCUCAGGCCCGCGCAAGCCGUCGACACCGCCGCCGACGGCGACAGCCACGGCCAAGGACUCGGCGGUGAUGGCCUCCGUUCUGCUGGAGCUGGCGGCUGCGGAUGACGUCGUGGAGUUCAGGCGCGCCGUGGAGGACGAGAAAGUCUCGGCCUUGGACGCCGCGUGCCACUGGUACGGGCCGUCAGCGGCGGGCGCCGGCCGGCUUCGCCUCGAGCUGCGCACGCCGGCCAUGGUCGCCGCGCUCUACGGGAGCACGGCGGUGCUGGCGUACGUCCUGUCCGUUGCGCCGUCGGAGGCGGCCCGCGCGUCGGGCACGGACGGCGCCACGGCGCUCCACCUCGCCGCGGCCGGCAGCUCCGCGAACGCCGUCGCGGCCACGCACCUCCUGCUCGCCGCGGGCGCGUCCGCGGACGCGUUGGCCUUCUCCGGCCUCCGAGCCGGCGACCUCCUCCCGCGAUCCACCGCCGCUGAGAAGGACAGGUCCCUCCGCGUCCUCCUCAAGUCCCCGGUGGUGUCGCCGUCGUCCUCCCCAAAGAAGUCCACCUCACCGCCUCCAGCCCCGGAGCCGCGGAAGGAGUACCCGCCGGACCUGACGCUCCCGGACCUCAAAAGCGGGCUCUUCAGCACCGACGAGUUCCGCAUGUACAGCUUCAAGGUGAAGCCUUGCUCCCGUGCGUACUCCCACGACUGGACCGAGUGCCCCUUCGUGCACCCCGGCGAGAACGCGCGUCGCCGCGACCCGCGCCGCUACUCCUACAGCUGCGUGCCCUGCCCCGAGUUCCGCAAGGGCGGCUCCUGCCGCAAAGGCGACAACUGCGAGUACGCACACGGCGUCUUCGAGUGCUGGCUCCACCCGGCGCAGUACCGGACGCGCCUCUGCAAGGACGAGGUCGGAUGCGCACGCCGCAUCUGCUUCUUCGCGCACAAGCACGAGGAGCUCCGCGCCGUCAACCCCUCCGCUGUCUCCGUCGGUAUGCAGCCUACUGUGUCCUCGCCGCGCUCGUCGCCGCCCAACGGGCUCGACAUGGGCAUGCUCAAUCCCGCGUGGCCCUCGUCCCCGUCGAGCAGGCUCAAGACGGCUCUCGGCGCGCGGGACCUGGACUUUGAUCUCGAGCUGCUCGCGCUGGACCAGUACCAGCAGAAGCUGUUCGACAAGGUGUCGUCGCCGAGGGCCAGCUGGGGCUCAGCCAGCGGGCUCGGCUCGCCGAUGCCCGCCGCGGCGCCCGCGAGAAACGUGCCGGACUACACGGAGCUGCUCGGCUCCGUUGACCCGGCCAUGCUGUCCCAUCUGCACGCGCUGUCUCUGAAGCAAGCCGGCGACAUGCCGGCGUACAGCUCUAUGCCGGACACACAGCUGCACAUGCCGACCUCGCCCAUGGUCGGCGCGAACACUGCGUUCGGGCUCGACCACUCCAUGGCGAAGGCCAUCAUGAGCUCCCGUGCCUCGGCGUUCGCCAAGCGCAGCCAGAGCUUCAUCGACCGCGGCGGCCGCACCCCGGUCACGCGCGCGCUCAUGUCGCCGGCCACCACUGGCACGCCGUCCAUGCUCUCGGACUGGGGCUCGCCGGACGGCAAGCUGGACUGGGGCGUCCAGGGCGACGAGCUGCACAAAUUCCGCAAGUCCGCGUCUUUCGCGUUCCGCGGGCGAUCAGCGGCGCCGAUGGCCACCCCCGCCGAGCCGGACGUGUCAUGGGUGAACUCUCUUGUCAAGGACGGCCACGCCGGCGACAUAUUUGCGCAGUGGCCAGAGCAGGAGCAGAUGGUGGCCUAAUUGACGAUCGUUGGCUCAUAGCAUCUAGCUGACCAAAGUUCUUUCCUUCAAUUAUUUUUUCCCCUUUGUUUGCUUAAUUUGAUUCAUAUGAGAUGUUCUUUAGUACAUAUAGGCUGUUCACAAUAAUAUUGUUCACCAACAAAGAAGCAUGGAUGCCCAAAGGGAGCUCUAUAUUGAUGAAGAACAGCCAAUAUUCACUUCUACUUUCUUCGGUUUAUAAAUAGCUGUAUACAAGAAUUCCAGCAAGAGUUUAUUUACUCGAUCAUCCAUAUACAAAAAAUAUUCGGAUAACAGCAAUAUUUGAUUUA